GUUAUCAAAGAUGGCUGACUCUGAAAGCACGAACUGGAAUGUUGAUAUGGAAGUGAAUUUAUUUCACGCAAUGAGACGACAUAAGCCAGCUGGUGUAAAUAGGUAUUUCCAAAUGAUGUUUAUCCAUGAUAAGCUGAACAACGCCAGCAGCCGGAAGAUCUCCUCCAAGCACAUAUGGAAACAUCUUACAGAGAUGUAUGAUUUACAGGCAUUGAAUGAAUCUGAGAUUAUUCCCUUCCCAAACAAGGAGGUAGAGUUCCUGCUACCUGAAGUCGACUACCAUUCUCUAAUGGAUAAGCCCUACCCGAGGAUUGAACAGGCAUCCGUCAAUGCUGAGGGAGAAAAAACAGAAGGUAAAGGAUCAAAGUAUGAUGGGAAAGGAAGCGGCUCCUCGAAUGAUAAAAGUAAAUAUGACAAAUCCACUAACAGAGGCGAAACAAAAGGCUCUUCAACCCCACAUUCUAAAGAGAGUAAAAGUGAUAGUAAAGGCACAUCAACUCCUCAUGGGAAAGAUAGCAAAGGUGACAAUAAAUCAGGAAAAGAUUCCAAAAGUGACUCUAAAGGUUCCUCUACACCUCAUGGUAAAGAAGGCAAGGGGGAGGGAAAAGCCUCCUCCACCCCCCACAGUACAAAGGGAAGUAAGUCUGGGGUGUCUGGGUCGGGCGGCACAUCUGCAUCCAGCACUCCAGAAUCAACACCCAAGAGGAAACGCACACGACAAGCCAAUUCCACUAAUGCGAGUCCAGCCACUCCAUCAGAUUCACAGCCCACUAAGAGAGGCAGAAGGUGAUAGCUGGAAGCUCAUGUUGGUGACAGUGAUUGUGAAUAUUCAAAUAACACUCUGCAGCAAUAUGACUAAAAACAGUUUUUUAACUGAACUUUAAGUGACAAGAGCUGAGUUCCCCUUGUGGGUUCGAGAGGUAAAAAGAGUCCUCUUGAUCUCCUAAUCAGGUUCAUUCGUUCAUAUUAAAGAAUGGGCCCUGUGACCGUCAUACUGCAAGGUAUUCUUUUUUUGAAACUGGACCCAAGUCCCAAAUCAUGUUUCCUUACAGGGGAAUAUAGAUCCCAAGAUACGCACCUCACCAUACUCUGUGAAGGAUGAACCAUGCAUGCAGCAUGUACAAUGAUAUGAAUUGACUGUUUUGUACCCAUGUCAGGUUAUUGGUCACCUAGUGUCCACUUUGGUGGUCUAGUG